AUGGACAAGAAAGACUAUAUAGAGGAAGGCCUACGCCAGCUAGCUUGCACAGCAUUUUACAAAGCCCUCGAGGCUGAUCCUACUGCGCAAAUUACCGCCGAUAUUGUUAAGCACCUAAAAGAUCUUAAAGCUAAGAAAAUCAUAGGCGGCACCGUAUACGAUUACUUGCUUCCUAAAGAUACCAGACCAGGCAGGUUCUACAUGCUUCCGAAAAUUCACAAACCCGGAAACCCAGGCCGCCCAAUAGUGUCUUGCAAUGGGACUGCUACCGAGAAACUAUCUAGCUUUGUUGACUACCUACUGAAGGAUAUACCUCCGCAAAUGCCUUCUUACAUUAAGGACACAAACCAUUUUCUCGAAUUACUAACGGAGUGUGAACCUUCCCCUUCGGGCAUAUUAGUUACGCUAGACGUGUCCUCCCUCUACACAAACAUCCCGCACGACGACGGCGUCCUCGCAGCAGAGGAGGCAUUCCAAAAUUACUCAGGUCAUGCAUUUGACCACAUUGUUCUUUCCACUUUUCUCAACCUAAUUCUCAAAAACAAUAACUUUGAAUUCGAUGGCAAGCACUACUUACAAGUUAACGGAACGGCCAUGGGCACUAAGAUGGCGCCAAGUUAUGCCAACAUUUUUAUGGGGUCCCUAGAAGAAGGUUUUUUGUCCAAACGUGAGAAAAAGCCAACCUUCUACAAGCGCUUCCUUGAUGACAUUUUCAUGAUAUGA